UUACAAAACCCAUAACCAGACAGACAACACUAAAACCGUGACAUAAACCUAGGAGUGUGACACAAGGUCAUUUUGCUGUUUUGUCACUCUGGUCUUUUUUCUGUAUUAGAUUAAGUUCUGAAAUCAACUCAGUUAUUAAAAAAAAAGACAGAAUAAUAAAGCAAUUGAAGAAGAGGCGAGGAUCUAAUACAGGACAGUGUGUAAACAAACUGCUCUCACCAAUCUGUGCCUGGUGUUCCUUACAGGAGCUGAAAGGUAAGAUUUUGCUGAAAGCCAAGAAAAUAAGCAGUACAGAAGGCAGUCUCGAUGAAACCCUGACAGAUGACAUUAGCGAUGAGGAAGAGAUGACCAACCAUGAAGCUGAGAGCCUUUCUGCAGAGGAACCACCAGCUGGGACUUUGAACCGCGAUGGGAAGAAAUCCAAGGCCAAACUUUCUAAGGAGCUGUCAGACUUGGUGGUUUACUGUAAGAGUGUUCACUUCCACGGCUUUGAGUACGCCCGCUCAUACGGCAAGUGCUCCGAGAUGUCCUCAUUCUCCGAAUCCAAGGCCAAGAGGCUUGCUAAAGACACAGGGACAGAUUUUGUGCAGUACCACACACGGCAGCUGAGCAGGAUUUACCCAGCAGGCCGGAGGACGGACUCCUCCAACUACAACCCGCAGGACAUGUGGAGCGUGGGCUGCCAGAUAGGUGAGGGGGAGCCAUCUCACUUCGAGUACUUUCAGCAAGGACCUUUACAGAACAAGCAUCAGGAAGGAGUCCCUUGCCCAGCGAGCCCCACACCGACUGAUCUCAAAGAAGGGUGCCCAAUUUCGGGACGGUCCGUCUCCCGCAACCCUCCCGUACUGCUGACGUACACGAGAGUAUAG